AUGGACUCGAACAUUGAGGCGAGUCCGUACAAAUGGCCACACGAUAGCUCUUUCAACACGAAGACCACUGCACUGGUGGUCAUUGAUAUGCAGAAAGACUUCUGCUCUCCAGGAGGCUACAUGGAAUACCAACAAUACGAUAUUACCCCAGCACGCAAAAUAAUCCCUCGCAUCCAAGAUCUCCUAACUGCUUUCCGCUCCCACGGUUUCCCAAUCUACCACACCCGCGAGGGACAUCGGCCUGACCUCUCAACCCUUUCAUCCCGCGAGCUCCACCGCAGCCGAAACAACGCCUCCGGCCUCGGAAUUGGCGACAAAGGACCCAUGGGACGCCUCCUGAUCCGCGGAGAAAAAGGCCACGAUAUCGUCGACGAAUUGUACCCUUUCGACGGGGAGAAUGUGAUUGACAAGCCAGGCCGCAGCGCUUUCCAGCACACGGAGCUCAGACUGAUGUUGAGUAUCAAGGGGAUCAGGAACUUAGUUAUUUGUGGCGUGACGACGGAUGUGUGUGUGCAUAGUACGUUGAGGGAGGCGAACGACAAUGGAUUUGACUGUGUGCUUGUUGAGGAUUGUGCUGCCGCUAGUACGGGGCCGUUGCAUGAGUUUGCGGUUGAGAGUAUCAAGGAGGAAGGGGGGAUCUUUGGCGCUGUUACUACGUCGGAUAAGAUCUUGGCAGCGCUGGGUGUAGGACCGGAUGAAAAAGUAAAUGGAGCACCAAAGGAGGUUGUAAAGAGUGAGGUUUGA